AUGAUUGAGCAAACAGGUGCUGUGUUGGACAAAUACUUACAAUACCAUCAUCUGAAGACUCAUCCUUUGAGGAAAGAUAAAUUGAUUGAAGUGCAAAGACACAUAAUAAGCAAUUUAACAAACUCGGCAACGCAACAGGAACAGUUUGAUAGUGACAAAGAGUUGGUAGAAGCCACUCUUUCAUCAGAGGAUGAGGAUCAAGAUGAGGAGGUGGACUUUGUAUUAGCAGAAAUUGGUUCUUCAAGCUCUGAGUAAAAGGAGGAAAGUGAUGAGAACGAUUAUGACAAUUCCUCUCGCGUUGCUACCUUUAAAAGAUCAGGGAGGAGAGCAACACGCUUUCUGUUAUGA